GAGCGCGGAGGGGCGCGGGCGGGCGGGCGGGCGGCCGGCCGCUGGGGGUGGCGGGAUAGGCUGGGCGCGGCCGCUGGUGCGCGCGGUGCGGUCCAGGUCCCUGCGGUGCCCGCGGGCCCUCCGUCCCGCCGGCGCCAUGGGCAAUUGUCACACGGUGGGGCCCAACGAGGCGCUGGUGGUUUCAGGGGGCUGUUGUGGUUCUGACUAUAAACAGUACGUGUUUGGCGGCUGGGCCUGGGCCUGGUGGUGUAUCUCCGACACUCAGAGACUGUCUCUGGAGGUUAUGACCAUCCUGUGUCGCUGUGAGAAUAUUGAGACGUCGGAGGGGGUCCCGCUAUUCGUAACAGGGGUUGCACAGGUGAAGAUCAUGACGGAGAAGGAGCUCCUGGCAGUGGCCUGCGAGCAGUUUCUGGGCAAGAACGUGCAGGACAUCAAGAACGUCGUCCUGCAGACCCUGGAGGGGCACCUGCGCUCCAUCCUCGGGACCCUGACCGUGGAGCAGAUUUAUCAGGACCGAGACCAGUUUGCCAAGCUGGUGCGGGAGGUGGCAGCCCCUGACGUCGGCCGCAUGGGCAUCGAGAUCCUCAGCUUCACCAUCAAGGAUGUGUAUGACAAAGUGGACUAUCUGAGCUCCUUGGGCAAGACACAGACUGCCGUGGUACAGAGAGAUGCGGACAUUGGGGUGGCCGAGGCCGAGCGGGAUGCAGGCAUCCGGGAAGCAGAGUGCAAGAAGGAGAUGCUGGAUGUGAAGUUCAUGGCAGACACCAAGAUCGCCGACUCCAAGCGAGCCUUCGAGCUGCAAAAGUCAGCUUUCAGUGAGGAGGUCAACAUCAAGACCGCCGAGGCCCAGCUGGCCUAUGAGCUGCAGGGGGCGCGGGAGCAGCAGAAGAUCCGGCAGGAAGAGAUUGAGAUCGAGGUGGUACAGCGCAAGAAGCAGAUUGCUGUGGAGGCGCAGGAGAUCCUCCGCACAGACAAGGAGCUCAUUGCCACGGUGCGCCGCCCCGCCGAGGCUGAGGCCCACCGCAUACAGCAGAUCGCCGAGGGUGAAAAGGUGAAACAGGUCCUCUUGGCUCAGGCAGAGGCCGAGAAGAUCCGCAAACUCGGGGAGGCGGAGGCAGCGGUCAUCGAGGCGAUGGGCACGGCAGAGGCUGAGCGAAUGAAGCUCAAGGCCGAGGCCUACCAGAAAUACGGGGAUGCAGCCAAGAUGGCGCUGGUGCUGGAGGCCCUGCCCCAGAUUGCUGCCAAAAUCGCCGCCCCCCUGACCAAAGUCGAUGAGAUUGUGGUCCUCAGCGGGGACAACAGCAAGGUGACAUCAGAAGUCAACCGACUGCUGGCCGAGCUGCCUGCCUCUGUGCAUGCCCUCACAGGCGUGGACCUGGCCAAGAUACCCCUGAUCAAGAAGGCCACCGGUGCGCAGGCGUGAGGCUCCCGAAGGCCUGCACCCCUCAGCAGCCGUUUUCCUACCACAACGACAAUGGGAACGCUACUGACUCUGGUGCCUUAUUUUGUAGGGACCAGACGUGCUGCGUGCUCAGGCCUUCUCCGGCUGUGUGUCCCCGCCCCCCCCCGCCCCAUCUCUGGCUCUCUCCUUUUUCUUCUCCCCUUCCCACACUUUCACUCUCACUGCCACAUCCAUCCGGUUUGUCUCUCCCACCCUCUCCCAUCUCCCUGUUCAUCUCCCUCUGUCUGUCUGUCGUUUGCUCUCCCUCUCUGCUCCCGCUCUCUACACACCUCAUGUAGUUUAAGCUGAAGACGUUUAUUAUGACCACUGUCUGUCUGUGGGGGGUAGUAGCCCUGCUGCUCCUCAGAAUCCUGGUGCCUUGAAGUUCUCUGUGCAUCUGUCCAUCCUCCCUGUGGCCCUUGCCAAGACGUGGCAUGGGUGCGGAGGGUCGGGGUAGGAUGGCCACCCUCCCCUGCCCUGGCCUGGUCUUCCCAGCCCUGAGUCCUACCCGGAAGUCCCCAGCCUCCCCCACUCCGGACCCCCUAGGUCUCGGCCAUUGCCCUCCCCAGCCCCAGGCCUGCUCUCGGACCUUACCUCUCUUUCCUUACCUAGGGGCACAGAGGCAAGGCCUCCUGUCUAUAGCAGCUCCCUCAGUUUACUACUGCCUUAGGAGGCCCCUGCUUGUGCUCAGGGAAGUCCCCUUCACGGACAUAUCCCUACUAGGUGGAGUAGGGCUUGGUCCCAACUCUGUUAAGCCUUUCUGGGAUCAGGGUCUAGCCCUGUUGGGGACUAGAAGGUGUGUAGACCCUCUUCCUGCUAGGCCUGUGCUGUCCUGGGUAUGGGGCCAGGCCCUUCCAGUGGGCAUGGCUGCACCAGCCCCCUGCAGAAUUGAGUGCUGUAGACUGGCCAGACUCCAUACCCCUUCUGCACUUUUUCCUUCUGACCAGAGUGAUAGGGUUCCAGCCGUGGGGAAGCAGCCCAGCCCUCUGUCUCCUGGCUCUCGUGGAGACAGAAGAACCCAGAGCCCAAGCAUUCUGGCAGGGGUGCUGUGGGUGUCCGGUGGUCCCAGUCUCCCACUUCUGGCUCUGCCCCAGCCUGUGUAGCUGUUCCUGCAUGUGGAUGCUGCAUGUCUGGUCUGGGGCUUCGAUGCUGCACUGCCCCGCUGCCUGUCCCUUCUAGUAAAAUAAAGAUCUGUUAUGCCUA